UACAUUCUAGCCACAAGAACAUAAUCUUCUUAUUCUUCUUCUCAUCACUGUCACCAUUUCUCUUUUUUUCUGUAUGGCUUCCAUAUCCUCUUUAGCUUCUUUUAAUUAUCCCACCCUUAGAUCUCAAAUUCGAUCGGUAAAAUGUUGUCUAAACGAUUUACCCAUAAAUACAAAUUCAUCGCAAAAAGAAAAAUCAAAACUCGAAAUUGGAUCGCCGAUAAUAGUUAUCGAAGCGCCGCAACUUUUGAAGACGGCCACCUCUGUUCCUUGUUUACGGGCAAAUAACAAUGUGGUCAAGCCGGGAGAUGUAGGAAGGAUUGUAUCGAGAAAGCCUAAGGAUGUGUGGGCAGUUCGUCUCACCGUUGGCACUUAUCUUAUCGAUGGAAAAUAUUUUAAACCCUUAGAGUUGGAUGAAUAAUUUAAUGUAUAUAGAUGAUUGUUUGUGUUAUUCUAUAUAUGUUAUUCCAACGUUUUGUUGUAUUGUUUUUUGUUAUCAUAGUCUUAUA